AUUCGUGUCUAUCUCGCUUACACCUUCCUAUACGCAGUCAAAAAACCCUUCCUUUCUUUGGCGUCUCCGAGCUAUCAAUCUCUCUCCGAUCAUCAAUGGCCGGCAAGACCGACUUUGAUUCUUCCCUCCAUAACUCUCAGAUCUCCAGAGAUGUCCAAGGGUCUGAUGGUUCGAUUCCAUUGUCACCACAGUGGCUUCUGUCGAAACCCGGGGAGAAUAAGAUGGGAACCAUAACCGCGGAGGUCCCCACGAGUCCAUCUCCAACAUUUGGCAAUCGUUUGGAGUUCAUGAAAUCACCUGGAAUUGAUGACCAUGUCCAUGAUACCCAGAAGAAGAAGGAUGUGUUUAGGCCUUCUGUGCUUGAUAGCCGCGAGCGCUGGCGUGAUGAAGAAAGAGAUACAAAUACUUUUGUUCGCAAGGAUAGGUGGAGGGAGGGUAAUAAAGAGCUUGAGGACAGCCGAAAGGUGGAUAGGUGGGCAGAUAACUCGUCUGGAAGGAACUACGGAGAGUCACGCCGUGCACCAUCUGAAAGGUGGGCUGAUUUGGGGAAUAAGGAGGCAAACCAUGAUCAGCGCCGUGAGAGUAAAUGGAACACACGUUGGGGCCCUGAUGACAAGGAAACUGAUGGCAUGCGUGACAAGUGGACAGAGUCUGGAAAAGAUCAUGAAAUCCCUCAUGACAAAGGGUUAUCACAUCCGAUUCAUUAUGCAAAGGAUGAGCGGGAGGGUGACCAUCCUCGCCCAUGGAGAUCCAACUCUGCCCUCAACCGUGGAAGAGUUGAGCCACCUCAUUACCAAAGCCCAAGUUCAAACAAGCAGACUCCUAUGUUUGUGCAUGGUCGGGGACGUGGGGAAAAUCCUAAUUCAACAUUUUCCCUUGGUCGUGGAAGGGGUGUCCCUGGAGGGAGCCCUAUGAAUAAUAGUUCCACCCAUUUGCAGUCCUUAGGAUCCUUUUCUGACUUGGGUGACAGACGCCAAGAUGAGACUUCUCCUACGAGAUAUAGCAGGACAAAGUUGCUUGAUGUGUACAGGACAACUGAUAUGAAAGCCAGUGGAACAAUGUUAGAUGGUUCCAUGCUAGUGUCUUCACUUACGCAGGAGGAAGCACUGGAGCCUCUUGCACUUAUUUCACCUACCCCUGAAGAAUUGUUUAUAUUGAAGGGGAUUGACAAAGGGGACAUCUUAAGUAGUGGUGCUCCUCAAAUUACUAAAGAUGGAUCAUUUGGGCUCAACAUGGUUGAUGUGCAGUCUAGAAGAACCAAGCCUGGGAGUAGGGAAGAUCUACCACUUGCUUCUGACAAUUAUAAAGAUGAUACUGCUGACAGUUUCAAAGGUAAUUAUUCUGAUUAUUUCGAGGGCUUGCAUCAUGAGAAGCAGGUGCACUUGUAUGAGACCAAUUUCAAAGCUGAUGUGGUAGAAGAUCGCCAGUCAUUUAUUGAUUACAAAGCAAAAUCUGAAGCAAUAGGAGAUGGCGGUUUUCAUGCAAGGAAUGAUGACACAGGAAAUACUAGAGAAUCAAGAGUGCAAGGAACAUCAGGUCACCCUGGGGCAACAUGGCGAUCAUUAUCCAUUGGACAACAUGCACAACCAAACUCGCUUGACUUGAGGGACAUGUCCACUGACAUCAGGUCAAGAGCCUCUGAGGUAGGCUGGUCACAGCCACAGAAGGAUACAACCAAUGAAUGGAGUAGCAGUUUAACAAGUCCAUCAUAUGUCAAAGAUGGACUAAAAUGGAAAGUGAAUGAGAAUCCAGUUAUUAAAAGGCAACCACCUGGAAUUAUAGACAGGGAACAAGAAACAAGGUUGCUUUCUCAGCCAUCACCUGAAGACCUUGUUCUUUUUUACAAAGAUCCUCAGGGUGCAAUUCAAGGUCCUUUUACUGGCAGUGAUAUCAUUGGAUGGUUUGAGGCUGGAUACUUUGGGAUAGAUCUGUUAGUGCGUCUUGCAAAUGCACCACAGGACUCGCCAUUUGCUACACUUGGUGAUGUUAUGCCUCACCUGCAUGCAAAGGCCAGGCCACCACCUGGAUUUAGUGCUGCAAAACAAAGUGAAAUCAACGAUGAAUCCAGUAUGCCCAAUUUCAUAAGUAGUAGUAAGGUUCAACCAGGCUUGGGUGAGAAGGCCAUGAUGAAAAACGACCCUAGAUUUCAACAUGGCUCGACUAAAGAGGCUGAGAAUAGGUUUAUUGAGUCCCUGAUGUCCAGUAACAUAAGUGGUGGUCCACUGGAGAAGUUUGGUCUUUCUGAAGGCAUGCAGGGAUAUUUUGGGAACUCUAGCUCAAUUCCAUCUGUAGGAACAGAGAGUGGGGAUAACCUGUACCAAUUGGCCAAGCUGAUGCAGCUUGAAAGGCAAAAAUCUUUGUCUAAUCCUUACUCUCUUUGGACUGGGAGGGAUGCUGCUAUUGGCUCUAAAUCCGAUAUUCUUCAGGAGCCUACCAUUCCACAAUCAAACAUAUUAUCAGCUGUUGCCGAGAAUCUUCGUCAGCAACCUCUACCCCCAAAUGCGCCAAACCCUGAAUUCAUGUCCAUCCUACAAGGUUUAUCUGAUAGAUCUACCUCUGCCAUGAGCAGUGGAGUUAGUAGCUGGUCAAAUUUUCCUGUUCAAGGGUUGGACCCACGUCAGGAUAAACUAGAGAUGCUUCAUGGUAAGCAUUUCCCUCUUCAGACAGCCUUUGCAGUCCAGCAAAGGUUGCAAGCACAGAAUCUGCCUUCACUAUCAAAUUUACGCACCCAAGGUUUCGAUAAUCUUUCUGGUCCACUAACCGCAGAAAAGCUUCUUUCUUCUGGCCUCCCUCAAGAUCAAAUUUUAAGUUUAUUGCAGCAGCAACAUAUGUCACAGAUAAAACCUCAAGCUCCCAUACCUACGCAACAGCUGUCGGUAUUGGAUGAGUACUUGUUGCUAAAGCAGCAGCAACAAAAACAGGAGCAGCUGCAGCAGCAGCAGCAGCAGAUAAUGCGGCAGCAACUGCUCUCCCAUGUGCUCACAGAGCAACAUUCUCUGCAACGUUUUGGCGAGCAGUCUUGUGGACCAAUGCUGUCGCCCGGGUUGCCUGUUGGGAACUCUUCAGUAGAUCAUGGAUUUUCCUCACAUGAGAUGUUGCAGAUGGGAUUACAGAAUCAAGUUCCUAAUAUGCAGGAUGUCAACACUACUAACAUUGCUCAUAUGCCUGCAAUUGUUACUCCAGUCGACAAUCCUUGUGCCGGUUCUGAAGAUUCUAUACAUUUACCCCAUCAAUUGUUGGGGAAUACAACGCAACAAAAGGGUGAGGUUGCUACCGUUCCGGAACGAGGUGAUGAGAUUGGUCACCAGAAGGAACCUGAUGUCCAGGAUCAGGCAGUGAAGAUUGAUUUGAGAACAGAUGAAAAUCUUAAAUUAGCUACUUCUAAUGCUGCUUUAAUUUCUGAGCCUGCAGACCAGUCUAAAAAAUCUUUGGUUAUUCCUUCUGUGGGAGCUGUUGAUAAUGAUGUUUUAGGGUCUGCACGUCUUGAUAAUUUGGAGGUGCUGCCAGUUGGUGUCAUUGAGGUGGCAAAGGUUCAGAGCAAACCAUCUAAUGAAACCUAUGGUCUGAAAGAAGCAAAAGAUGUUGAAGUUCGUGAGGUUAAAAAAUCCACUGAGAAGAAGUUGAAGAAACAUAAGUCGUCCAAGGCACAAUCCUCUGAUGUGGCCAAGGCAGUAUCUAAAUCACAGCAGACAAAGCAAUCCGAAGCUGAAGCGACCAAGAUCAAUGAGGUUGAACCCAAACUGGUAGCAUCUUCAGUAGAAGUUGGAGAGAGCAAACCUAGUGUAGUCACAGAAGAUCAUGCAAGUAUGCUUGGUGAUGUCAGCCAAAUCUUGGUGAAGCAGAAUGAAGUUGGACAGGCAGGAUCCAUGCCACAAGAUAACACACAAGUUUAUACUGGUCAACGAGCAUGGAAGCCUGCUCCUGGCUUUAAGCCGAAGUCAUUGUUAGAAAUUCAGCAGGAAGAGCAGCGAAGGGCUCAGGCCCAGUCACAAGCUCAGGCAGAGAUUACUGUUUCUGAUAUUUCAACAUCUCUAGGGUCAAUGAAUAUAUCCACCCCUUGGGCUGGUGUUGUUGGCAAUCCGGACCACAAGUUUGUGGAAAAUAAGAAAGAUUGGACCAGUUCUGACUUACGAGUUGCAGAGAGUUCCCAAAAUCAGAAGAGCAGGAGCCAGUUGCAUGAUCUUUUGGCUGGAGAAGUGCCUGUGAAAUCAAGUGAAAAGAAUUCUGCAACUUCGGACAAUAUCUUUCAUUUGCCUACACCGGUAAGUUCUCAGUCAGAUUCAAUUGAGGAAGGUAAUUUUAUUGAGGCUAAAGAAACAAAAAAGAGUCGGAAAAAAUCUGCAAAGGCUAAGGCUGCAGGAGCGAAGGUUUCUGUGUCUGCUGCUGCUGAGAUGCCUGUCAAUUCAAGUCCAAAUGAGAAAGGCAAACAUUCACGUCAGGUGCUACAGGAGAAAGAUAUAUUACCAGCUGUCCCUUCUAGUCCUUCACUGGGAGAUUUUGUGGUCUGGAAAGGGGAGGCUGCGACUCCUUCGCCUGCUCCGGCUUGGUCCACUGAUCCUGGAAAGUUGGCAAGACACACCUCAUUGAGGGACAUUCUUAAGGAACAAGAGAAAAAGGUGUCUUCUGGGCAGCAUCAAAUACCAAUGCCCACUCAAAAAUCUACAUCUGCUCAGUCCAAUCGUGGUAAUGGGCCUUCAUGGUCAUCUUCUGCAUCAUCUCCUGCCAAGGCUGCAUCUCCCAUCCAAAUUAUAUCACACGGUUCUUCUCAGUCACGAAACAAAGUUGAUGAUGAUCUGUUUUGGGGUCCAGUAGAUCAUACAAAGCAAGAAGCAAAACGGUCAGAUUUUCCUCAACUUGCAAAUCAAGGCAGUUGGGCUAAGAGCACUAUGGGAAAAGGAAUUUCUGGUGGGUCUAUAAGCCGGCAGAAGUCUGUUGGUGGCAGAUCAGCUGAAGCACCCCUUUCCUCGUCUCCUGCUUUGAAAGGGAAAAGAGACGUGCUGGCUAAACAUUCAGAAGCUAUGGACUUCAGAGAUUGGUGCAAGAGUGAAUGUGUGAGGCUUCUAGGAACAAAAGAUACAAGUUUUCUGGAGUUCUGCUUAAGGCAAUCUAGAUCAGAAGCAGAGGUACUGCUGAAGGAGAAUCUUGGGUCUUAUGACCCCGACCAUGAAUUCAUUGAGAAAUUCCUCAACUACAAAGAUUUUCUACCGACAGAUGUCCUGGAGAUUGCGUUUCUGAGUGGGAAUGACGAAAAGGUGGUGAGUGGAGAUGUGAAUGAUGGAUUUUGGGAUCCGGAGAGUAAAAGAGUGGCGGCAGAUGGCGGUUCGGCCAAGGGAGGAGGGAAGAAGAAAGGAAAGAAAGGGAAGAAGGUGAGCCCAGCAGUAUUAGGUUUCAAUGUGGUGAGCAACAGGAUUAUGAUGGGAGAGAUUGAUACUGUGGAAGACUGACCAAGUUAUAAGGACUCUUUAAGGUAAGGUAAGGGUUGCUUUGUUUUGUUUUGUUUUGUUUUGUUUUGUUUUUUUAUUUUAUCUUUUUAUAAUUGUAGUUGUAAAUACUUUUGUCCCAAAAGAGAGAGAGGGAGAUAGAGAGAGAGAUAAAGAAAGAGAGGGAUGUGUGUACAUGAUGAUAUUAAUUUUGAAGUUUAGGGUUUUGUUGGGUGGUUAUAGGAGCUAUAAUACAAUUAAAAAACUGCUCCACCAAUUUUGUGCUAUUACUAGUGAAGAAUCCAUAUCCUACUUUCUUACUU